AACAACAACAGCAAUAACAACGGCGCUACGCUUCAGCAAUGAACCAAAAGAGAUCCGAAACACUGAUUAAAAAGGUUGAAACCAAUACAGAGCUUCUAAUAUCGAGAAUGCAGACGAUUAUUGCACUCUCGGCUUCGACGUCAGCUCAGGAGAUUCAAGCAUCGGAGAUGCUUCAAAUCGAGUCGAAUGCCUCGAUGAUUGUGAGGCUCGUGGAAGAGCUGCUAAGUAUAUCGAGAAACCUAAAGGAGAGCUGGAUUUUGGGCCAGCUGCCAAAGUCUGAACAACAACAAGACGUUGUUACUCAAGAGGCGCAAGGUAAAGUGGACGCGUUACUACAGAAGAUCCUACAAAGCAAACACUACAAUGAGGAGAUCGGACUAGACGAGGAGUUUGAAAAAGAGGAGCAGGAGGAGGACACAGGCAUCAAGAUAGAGCAAGAGGAGAAGAUACCCGAUGAGCUCAUACUGCCUGUGGAGACAGACUCAUCGGUGGUGAAACAAGAACCACCUGAAGCUGCACCACAUACAGAUGAAAUAAAGCAGGAGCAGAAGGAGAAGGAGGAGGAGAAACUCGAUGCGGAUGAAGACUUAAUCAUGAAGGAUGGACUACCGGUUGAUACUUCGCAACUAGUUGAUCCUAUGGAUAUGAGUGACGGUGGUGCUACAAACGUACUCGGUGAUUAUGAUUUCGAUAACUUUGGGAACAUGGACCGUGACGACGAUAUAAUGAUGGGAUAGGU